CUCACUCCUCGCUCCUCACUCCUUGCUUGUCCGACUCGCUAGUGACGGUACGCAAGAUGGCAUCCUCCUCGUUGCGCUCUCCUCCCUCUCCCUCCUCACUCCUCACUGAAUACACUACUCAGUGACGGGAUGCAGGAUGGCAUCCUCCUCGUUGCGCUUUGUUCCCUUGGACGCCGCUCCUGACGCACUUCACGACGAUGACACCUUGGCCAAGAUCAAAGCUUGGGAUCCCAGAGGGUACGAAGCGACCAGAUCAUCGUCUUCUGCCUCCUCGUCUUCGCUCAUGCCUCCCUCAGCUCCGGCAUCGGCGUCGGCAUCGGCAUCGGUGUCGGCCCCCACCUCUAUCUUGAGAUCUAGUGCUAGCCUGUCGCCUGAACUGAGCCGGAGAGCCAAAGCUGUAGGCAUGCAGUUGCUGGAGGAGUCGCAGCGUCGAAUUGAUCGCAGAUCCCUCGAGCUUGAAUGGAGUGCGGCAGCAUCAGCAUCAGAGCGAGGAGAUGGAGAGGGGGAGGGAGACGUGGCGGGGAUGCGUCAGUGGAGCGACGAGUGUAUGCGAAGCAAGGAGAUGCAGGAUGCCCUCACCCAACUGCGUAACGUCGUCGCGGUCGAGAAGGGCAAGGAGAGCGCAUUGACCAAGCAAAUCUUGGUCCUUCUCAACGCAUACGCUAGUCAGCUGCGCGUGCUCAGGACGAACAGAGCCCUGCGCACUCGCACUGCGUUGACAGGGCAAGCGCUCGACUUUGAUCCCAUCACGCCUAGGGACCAACAGACAAAGACGAUCACCAGCAAUGGCGAGGACAAUAUGCCAGACAUUGUGCUCAUCGCUGAUGCUAUGGCCUCCGUCUGCGUCGACCUCACCGAUUCGCAGACCGACGUUGGAGAUGGGACUUUCCGCCCCAGUGCAUCCGCGCAGCAUCCGUGGUUGCAAUACGCGGCCGUGGUAGAGGUCAAGCGGCACGAGAGGGACGAUUUGAAUGAAUCAACUGUUGGUCAGAUGCUCAGAUACGCCCGUCAGCUCCUGAUCGCGCACCCCUUCGCGCGGUAUGUGCAUGUCGUCUCCUGGACCGGCAGCAAAGUUCGCAUCUGGCAAUUUGGAGCCAAUGGAAUAGUCUUCUCACGGGCGGUCGAUGCUGCUGCGGCUGCCUUGCAGGACCAAACAUCGCUAGACCAUCUAGGUCGGCUUCUACACCUCCUAAUGUCCGGCGAGUCUACCCUUCUGCCCCGCUGGACGCCAAAGUGUGACGAGGCACUUGCUCUGCUAGCGCAGCAAGUCGCACAGGAACAAGCAACAGCGAGGGAAGCGGGCAUAGCUAACAACGGUCUCAACCAGGAUCAUGUGAACCUCAUCACCAGCGAUGCUCUUCGCGUCGUAAACGUGCGCCCGUCUUUGCACGGCUCUCGCACCGUCGUCUUUGGGGUUCCGCUACACGAUCACGAUGGUGAGCACAUCUUUUUGAAAUGCUGCUGGCUGUCAGAGCAUCUGGCCCAUCACGAAAGAACUAUGCUGGACAAGCUGGGUGAUGUGAGCGGUGCACCUCGUGCCCUUGCUUCCUUCGACCUCGGAUGGACAGCGCCAAGUGGCAAGCCAGUCUGCGGAGCCGACGGGCGUGCGGACAAAGCAGAGCUGUGCGCAUAUGUGUUGGUCUUUACACAGCACCGCGGAUAUCAGAUUCCCUUGACUGCAUCAUUGUCAGACAAGGCGGCCGUGUUGCAGCAGCUCGUACAUCGACUGCAUAAUUAUGCCCAAAAGGGGCUACACUACCGCGACCUCAACACUGGCAACGUCCUAAUGAGGCCUGGCCCCAAAGCGAAGCCGCUCCUGGUCUUGGUAGACCACGGAAACGUGAGGGAAGGUGUUAACCCCCGUCGAGGCGUACAAGUCCGCGAAACGAGUCCUGGCGACAUCACACGAGCGCAUGAUGAUCAACUAGUCGCUAUCAUCCAAGAUGAUGCCCGGUCUAUCAACCAACUCUUCGUACCAUCUGGCAUGCAAAUGGCCGAGACUCAGUUGAGCACAUAUCGGACGAGCUUGGAAUCAUUUCGAAAGGACAAGCAAUUAGCCGCAUCGGCGACAUUUGGCAAAGCAAUUUAUGACAAGCAAGUCUUGGAAUCAGAAGCAAGAUGGCGAAGCGCCCACAAGGACGCAUAUACUCGCCUGCAUCGCUAUUGUGACGACGUCGUCGAGUCGCUAAUUUACAUUCUUGUUUGGAUUUCGACGCGCGCAAGCAAACUUAAAGAUCUGUAUAAGCACUUGACCAACCAGACUCGCAAGUCACUCACGUGGGAAGAUGCUGAUCAAUUUCGACAAGUAAGCGCCCAAAUUUCUGGUGGUCCUUCGCUAAGCUUACGCAACCUUUGCAUCUCGCAGUUCGUCGAGCAUUACCUAGACGGCGCAUCACAGCUCGAUCUGUUGGCGCUCCGAUUGCUGCACGAGUGCGUCUUGCGAACGCAAAGACAGGUCCGUCAAAUGAUGGCGCGCCACUACGAGACAGCCAUUCUACAAGGGCGCAACGACCUCCGUUUUGAGGAUCUCAACCUCCGUGUGGCUGACGCCAAAGAACCUCCAAUCAGCGACGAAGAAGUGUCAUGCAUGAGCGGAUGUGCGCGAGAGCUGCUAGGCGUUCUGGUAUUGACUGAUCCGACGGAUCAGGAGAGGACGUUGAGUGAAAUAAGCGACCGCUGCUCUGCCCAGGAGGGUGGUACAGGGAAUGCCGCAGGCCGUCACGGCGCUUCGUGAUGGCCCAUAAAGGUGUCGCCGCGGGUUAUUGCGAGAGGCUACACGUGGGCUUUUGACGGCUGCGAAUGAUCCGUCGACUGGGAAUAUAUACGGUCAUGCAGGAGGCGCGCGCUGUCGAGAGGCGGAAGACAUUUUGAUUGGAGUAGAGGAGGGUUCAUCGCAAGUCCUCCAACCAAAAGCCGCCCAUGGGUGGAGCGCCCGGCGCAGAGCGGGAAAAGCACAUGCUGAAUCGGUUCGAGGGUUGCGGGAGCGCGAGCGAGGGAUCUUGGACAGGUCGAUGUAGAGCCGAGGGAUCUCGAGGGA